AUAAGAAGGAAUCACGUGACCUCACGUGAUUGCCAAAAGAGUGAUCUCAGUGAUCAUUGAGGGAUCACAACAGAUCAAGGGAAGUGAUCUCUGCGAUCUGUGACAGAUCAGGAGAGAUCACAUUCGGAACAUAGUCUAUAUAAGGCACGCUCAUUACCAUGUAGAUAGAUUCGAUUCUAGGAUUGCUUAGCAGCAAUCAAACUCUAGUUAACCUCAAUACUUACUUGAGAACGAUCAUAACUUCACCCCCAGUCAUUGAGAACCCCAGUUACCCAGUCAGACGCUCAGUUGCUUCAACCCACUGUACUUUACCCUAAGAACAGGUUACCCCGAUACCUUGAUCGUAACAUUUUGAUUGCUCCUGUUCAGUACUUUGCCUUGAAGCAUACCGAGCAGUAUCACCGACAACAUGUCUUCCCAGUCCUCUAAGAACAACACCCCCAGCACCCCGGCUACGAGCAGCAAGGCGGCCCAGAAAGCCCCUGCUCGGCCCAAGGACGAUAGCGACAGCGAGGACGAGGAAGACCAGCUCCGCAGGCAGGUUGCUAGGACCAACCAGGAGCUCCACGAACAGACGCUCCGCGCAACCCAACUCCAAGAGGAACUCCAGGCUCUCCGAGCCAGUGCUAACGUUACCUCAACCCCUCUUGAUGGGCGCGAGAGACUCAAGCUUAACCCCCCAGCCACAUUCGAUGGCACACCUGGACAACUUAAAGGGUACCUUGUACAGGUACGCACCUACCAAGCAUUCCAUCUGGAAACUUUCCGCAGUGAAACAGAAAAGGUGGUACACGCGGCCACUUUCCUCCGAGGACGAGCCUUGUCUUGGUUCGAGCCUCUGUUGCAGGAAUGGCUUGAUGUACCCCCCGAAGAACGACGCCAAGAAGUCACCGACAUUUUUUCAACCUUCGCAGGGUAUGAACGCACCCUCCGUUCCUUGUUCCAGGAACCCGAUGAGAAACGACAGACCGAACGAGAUUUGGCCAACCUACGACAAACCAAGUCAGCCUCCGCUUAUGCAGCCGAGUUCAGAAGGCUAGCAACAAGGCUGGACAUGACCGAAGAAACCAAGAUCCUCCAGUUCUACCAAGGAUUGAAGUCAGAAAUAAAAGACGAAGUAUCCAAGCUCGACCGACCCGAGGAUUUCCUCGAGUACGUCGAACUUGCCAUCAAACUUGACAACCGGAUUUACGAACGCCGACAGGAAAAACAAGGCGGACAGCGAGUGUUCGUCACCUCGAUUCGACAAGCCAACACGGGACGCAAGUACCAACACCCUCAACCCAUAUACCAUAGAAACAAUGGUGGAUGGCAGCAGCCCCGUCAUAUGGCGCCCCAGACCUACAGUACAGCUUAUGGUACCCACAGUGGACCCAUGGACCUCAGUGCCACACAACACAAGAAGCCCCGUAAAGACCCCAAGAAUGGCAAGUGCUUUAAGUGCGACAAGACAGGGCACAUCGCCAGAAACUGCCCGAAAAACCAGGAAGAUAUUCCUGAUUUUAGGGGCAAGACCGAAAAACCACGAGGACUUAAUGCCACCAAUCACCAGCAACUACGGCCUGACCAACACAGCACGAUGAGCUGGACCACCUGCUACGAUGACAAUUGCAUGGUACACAACAGCUCCAAAAACGACGCAGGAUGGUACCCACAGAAGCCCCGAGGCACUCGAACCCUAGCAGUAGGAAACCGAGUACCCCUAGGAACAGGACAACCAACGAAGUUACACCGACAAGAAACCCAACUACCCGAACUCACGGACUCGGAUGCCUCCGGAGAAUCGGAUGAGGAACCUUUGGGACAAACCCACCACAUUAGGACAACCAAUCAGUCCUCAACACAAGAAUCAAGCGAGGAUUCAGAAGAAGAAUCCAGCGAGGAAGAGACCAUACCCUCGAGCCAGUACAACGCAGCAAGGGAGAACAACCCCUACAUAUACGAGAAGAAGCACAUCGACUUAUACCGAGACGACCAAUCAGUACAAUUUCCCGGAUUGCCACUUCAGGCACAGAUUCGACAUCCUACAGGACCAGUUAAUGCAACUUUUGGAGACCACCCGACCUUGGACACCAAACACCCUCAACACGCAGAGAUCUUUUGGGCAGAAUGCUUCCGAGACAACUGUGGACUCCACUUAAGCAGGAAGAUAGUCCACAACUUUUUCCCACGACGACGCAAAGCAACAGGCAUUCACGAAAUAUAUACCACAACCGACCUACCAAAUUGGGAAAUUAAAAUAAGACUCAACACUGAGCCAGCCGCAAUCUUCACGCCUAACGACAAUUAUCCCAUGGCGUGUUGCAACCAGAAACAGUUCCCAUGGUAUAAGUGCACCCGAAGCGUAUGCAGAGUACAUAUGCUAGCCAAAGCACAGGCCUGGCACGAACAGAAAUUACGGCAACCAGGACCUGCACCAAUGACCAGAAUUGUGUGGAACCCCAACGUACGAGAUAACGAGAUAACGUUGGGCUCCACAUCUCCGACCCCCCUAAAGUCCGGCCCCUAA